AUGAAGGAUAUGGAGUUCAGAGACCUGACGCUGCAGGGAUCUGUGAAUCAGAGGAGGAGCCUCCAAACAAACAUGGCGCCCUUCACGUACAGCAGACUUUCUCAUCUACUGAGAACAUCCGUCAACAAAGCUGCAGCUUCACGAGCAGCGACAGAAAUAAAAAAUGGACCUGCGUGUUGUUUACACUUCACACGCUGUCAGAGGUCGGCGGACAGUAACCUACAGGAGAGACAGAAGCAGCAGAUGGCCAGAGGUCUCCCCAAACAGAAGCCGAUCACAGGAGUCAAACAGGUCAUCGUUGUGGCUUCGGGGAAAGGUGGCGUGGGCAAGUCCACCACAGCAGUGAAUCUGGCACUUGGAUUAAUGGCCAACGAUGCUACGAAGUCAGUUGGCCUGUUGGACGCUGACGUCUACGGUCCGUCGAUUCCCAAACUGAUGAACCUGAAGGGAAACCCAGAGCUCACUGACAACAAUCUGAUGAUCCCACUCACCAACUAUGGGAUUCCUUGCAUGUCAAUGGGUUUCCUGGUGGAGGAUGUGGCUCCGAUCGUGUGGAGGGGGCUGAUGGUGAUGUCAGCGAUAGAGAAAAUGCUCAGACAGGUGGACUGGGGUUCGUUGGACUAUCUGGUCAUCGACAUGCCUCCUGGGACAGGAGACGUCCAACUGACAAUCACCCAGAACAUCCCGAUAGCAGGUGCUGUAAUCGUGUCGACGCCGCAGGACAUCGCUCUGCUGGACGCUCGCAGAGGAGCCGAGAUGUUCAAGAAGGUUAACGUGCCGGUUCUCGGUCUGGUUCAGAACAUGAGCGUCUUCCAGUGUCCGAACUGUAACCACCAGACUCACAUCUUCGGCUCUGACGGGGCCCGACAGCUCGCCAUCACUCUGGGGGUCGAGUUGUUGGGUGACGUUCCCCUUCACCUCAACAUCAGAGAGAUGUCGGACAGAGGACAACCGGUGGUCAUCUCCUCCCCAGACAGCUCCGAGGCGGAGGCGUACAGGAAGGUGGCGUCCGCUGUCGUCCAGAGAAUUAAGGAGGUCAACACUUGAUUGACAGCUGCGCCCCAGUCAGCUGGUUGACUGACAGGAUGUAAACUGUGAACCUGAAUGUUAGAGGCUGCAUGACGCACAAUAACCAUGUAGACACACACAGAAACGCACAUGAUGUAAAAUCUAAAG